ACUUUAAAGAAAACUAAUUUAUCACUUAUAAAAUUUGUGUUUUCCUCCUUGUGCCAAAUACAUUGUGUUUAUGGCUACGGUUUGCUUUUAACUAUAGUAAAUGGACCAAUUUGGCCAGUUACAAACUUAACGCAGUGCAUCAGCAUCUUUAUUUACACUUAAUGCAGUUUAUACCAAAAAUUUGCCGACUCUGUUUGCUACAGCUCAUACUGUAGGAGGUAGACUGCCAGCAUGGAGUUUAAUUAUCUGGAACGAAUAUGUGAUGGUCCAGACCCUGUUACCGUCACGACGAAGGAGGAAGAAGAUGUUACUGAAGUAGUGACCGAGCCAGCUCCACAGAUUCAACUGGACUGGAAAAUAAGAGAAGGAAAAGGUAGAAGAGGUAUCAGGAUUAUUAAACAAAAUCCACCUGCAAUAAAAAAAAUACUAGAAUCCGUCCCACUUGGGGAGGAUGAGGAUGUCAUGUCUAUUGUUGGUAUUCCGAGGAAAAAGCGACCAGACUUACCGCCAAUGAUCUAUGCCAGACUCUAUGGAAUUCCCGGCAAGAACAUUUUUACCUAUGAGCUUGACAAGCCAAAGCCACACCAACGUCUUGCAGAACACAUUGGAGCUGGGAUGAUUCCGUUACAAGGUACAAGCGCCCCAAUUAAAGGUAUUAGACGGAUAAAUAAGGCAUUUAAUGGAUCUUUGGAGGAUUCAUUGUUGCCACAAAUCAACUGUGUCGCGAAUAAAUGCGGCAAAGCCAUUAUUAACAAGGCUCACAUAUCGCAGCUAGACGAUUCACUGGUGGCUAAAAGUUGUGAACGUCUGGUUCCUCAACCGCGCAGACACUUUGAAAUUAAAGGCAACAUUGGGGCAAAUUUGGUUCCUCUAUACAGUGUACGCAAAUCCCAACGAAGACACUACUGUUUUGAGACUAGGUCGCUCCUUGAGGCAUUGCAAGACUCUGAGUCAGGUUAG